AUUACAAUGCUACCUAUCGGCAAUUUUUAGAUACCAUUUUGCCACGAUGAUAACAUACAGAGGAUAUUAACCAGAUUAUUGAUUACAAACUCAUUAGUGACUUAAUAAAACCAAUAAUCACGAUGGAUGAUAUAGCAACCCUUCUACUCUUUAGUACGGCAAUGCUUGUCGGUUGUUAUUUUUCCGGUUCCAUCCCUUUAGCUAUUACAAUGUCUGAGGAAAAGUUAAAAUUGGUCUCGACAAUGGGAGCCGGUUUGUUAGUUGGAACUGCGUUAGCUGUUAUAAUCCCAGAAGGAGUUCACAGCCUGUACUCUGCUUCUCAUCCUCACACACAUAGGAGAUUAUCAAGAAGUCUAUUGACCGUUGCUGAAAUAGAAAGACCAUCUCAAAAUGAAAUGAAAAUAAAUGCUAUAAAUCAUCAAUCCGAACAUAUUCAUGCUGGAACUGAAAUGCAUACUUUCAUAGGGAUAGCUUUAGUAUUGGGAUUUGUUUUCAUGUUGAUCAUCGACCAACUAGGCGGAAAACAUACUCACGUUCAGAGCAUAGAUGCAACUGAAACAAGUCACCAUAACAGAAAUAAAAUUACAGCUACUCUAGGUCUAGUUGUUCACGCAGCUGCUGAUGGCAUAGCCCUUGGAGCCGCUGCAACGACAUCUGAAACCCAUGUAGAAAUAAUCGUAUUUGCUGCUAUUAUGCUACAUAAGGCAAGAAAGUAUUAUUCGUAUAUAUAUACAAAUUUUUUAAAUCAAAUUAUUCUGACACUACAGGCUCCAGCAGCUUUUGGCCUAACUUCAUUUCUACUUCAUGAAGGAUUCGAUAGGUCAAGAAUAAAAAAGCAUCUUGCUAUUUUUUCCGCUGCUGCUCCAAUAGCAGCUGUCUUAACUUUCUUUGGCCUUGCACAGGGUAGUAAAGAAGCCUUGUCUGACAUAAACGCAACUGGAAUAGCUAUGCUAUUCAGUGCUGGAACUUUUUUGUAUGUUUCGACAGUGCAUGUCCUUCCAGAACUCGUAUCAUCAUCUCCUACACGAUCUGUCAAGGCUGAUGGAACAAUCAUAAUUCAAGAGUCUAAAACUUUUACCAGAACUCAGUUGAUACUGAUGGUAAUUGGUGCUCUUCUUCCUGUUAUAUUGUCUCUUAAUCAUCAUCAUUAG